CCAAAUGGAUGUACAAAUCAUUCCCAUUACAUUUUGACAGUGUUUUUGUAUCUGUUGCAGGUACAACGCUGUCCUGGGGCAUUUCUUAAUGCAGAUAUAUAUCUAGUUUUAAUCUAAGAUCUCUGCGAGUAAAAUGUCGUACAUCCUUUGCACAAAGCGCCCGGGGGCACAGUCCCACGACAGCAAAGCCACGAGGUGGAUCGGCAGGUGGCAGUCGUGUCCUUUUUGCGAGACACAUGAGUGGUCCAAUCUCCCACAUGCGCAACAUCUCAACCUCUUUUCUCCCUUUCUAUCUCUGACACUGGUGCACAUUCAAACAAUAAUUUUGACACACACAACAAAAAUAAUAAUCAUCAUAAUUAACACCAAUUUCGCAGAAUAUGUCUUGUGUUUAAACUGAGUAUGCCAUUUCGGGAGCCGCGCAUGUUCAAGUGAGCAAGCAACAUGUCGACUGAGGGAGGAGAAGAGAAACAACGUCUUGCCGCUCUGCUCCUGAUUCAGCAGCAGUGAUCGAGGGAGCACUUUGUCAGAGGGAGGUAACCCACAUCACUGCUUAUCAAUUCUACGCCUGUCCGCAGUACUGCGCCGUCCGGAACACGCUGUGAGAUGCUGCACACCCCCGUUCCAUGCAAGCCCCCACGCGCGGACUGCAAGCCGGAUCUCGUGGUCACAAGCCUGAAGCGUUUGCAGCCCAGGGAGGAGGAGAAGGACGGAUAGAAGGACACUUGAAUAAGAAGCACUCGGCAUCGUCUGUGCCCAUGUGUCGAUCGCCUCAGUGGUUGGGUGAGACUUGAUUUUGAGAGAUUUACACACGCGUGUGGCGCAGAAGUGAAGCGCCUCUUCAGUGACCCGGGUCCAGUCUGCACAUGAUGAUAUCGAUGCACGGAGGAGAGAAGAGCAUUUAAGAUUUCAGAGCAAUAAAAAUUCCCUCCGAAUGUAGCUGUUAGAUGAGGCUUCUCCUCUCUGUUUUUUUUUUUUUUUUGGUGCGAGUAUAACGUUACAUGACAUAGACUGUACGAUUGAGACUUUUUCUGCGUAUCCGCAAAUCUUCGCGGACAAAAUAAACUGCAGCUACACUGAGCUGCGGAAUCAAAUUCGGUUUGAUUGACGGCUAAGAGUAAAAGAGACUUGGUGAAAAGUGACAUUUCCAAAAGUGAGACGAUAUUGAAAGAAAAUGUCACAUAUGGGCGCUCAUGUGGGGUGAAAGUUUUUUUUUUUGUCUGUGUUUUGUUCCAGGAUGCAUCGUUCUAGAAUAGAAGCUGAAUCGCAAACCAUGUGGGAAGAUUUAUCGAUAUUACAUCUUGUACGUUUACAGCAGUGAAGGAAUAACAAGUGUGCAAGUCCACAAAUCCCCAACUCAGGAGACGCGUGGGACAUUAAUGGGUCGAGCAGUUGGAGCAAUGGCACUUGUGUGUCCCUCAACGCAAAGAGCGUCGUGGAAAAUGGCAAUAUCGGAUAUAUCAUCAUCAUUUUGAGAGUUAUUUCCAGAUCUGGACUGAUGGAUGGAAUGCUUAUUGUUGUAAGAGCGGGGCUAAAUCGCUCCGCGUUGUGCAAGCUCGCCUGAGAAUUGCGGAUUUUUUUUUAAUGCAGUUUUUUUGUGCUUUGACCAAAAGACGGAUCGCUCCCAAAAAGCCUCAUCCAGCAGGAACGCUGUCUACAUGAACAAUUGUCCCCAAUCCUCUUUCCAGCAAGUGGAAGAUCAGUUAAUGAAUUAUGAAUGUUAAACAAGAUGACCUCCUCUCAGCAGCAGCAGACAAUGCGUGGUCCUAGGUGGAACCGGGCCUUGUCCGACCCUUUGUUUGUGCUGCUUCUGGCCCUACAACUUUUGGUGGUUGCGGGUCUGGUUCGUGCGCAGACGUGCCCUUCCGUCUGCUCCUGCAGUAAUCAAUUCAGCAAAGUCAUCUGCACACGGAGGGGGCUACGAGAGGUCCCUGAUGGCAUUUCCACCAACACGCGCUACCUGAAUCUCCAAGAAAACCUCAUCCAGGUCAUCAAAGUGGACAGCUUCAAGCACUUAAGGCAUUUGGAGAUCCUGCAACUGAGUAAAAACCACAUACGCAAAAUUGAGCUUGGGGCCUUCAAUGGACUUGCGAGCCUCAAUACCCUGGAGCUUUUCGAUAACCGCCUCACCACGAUCCCAAAUGGGGCAUUCGAGUAUCUGUCCAAACUAAAGGAGUUAUGGCUGAGGAAUAAUCCCAUUGAGAGCAUUCCCUCCUAUGCCUUCAACAGGGUGCCCUCAUUACGGCGACUUGACCUGGGGGAGCUUAAAAGGCUAUCCUACAUAUCCGAGGGGGCCUUUGAAGGACUGAGUAAUCUUCGCUACUUAAAUCUGGGAAUGUGUAAUCUGAAGGAAAUUCCCAACCUCAUUCCCUUGGUGAAACUGGAUGAACUGGAAAUGUCAGGGAACCAGAUGUCUGUCAUCCGGCCUGGUUCUUUUAAGGGGCUCAUCCAUCUCCAGAAGCUAUGGAUGAUGCAUGCUCAGAUCCAGACUAUUGAAAGAAACUCAUUUGAUGAUCUCCAGUCACUAGUGGAGCUUAACUUAGCCCACAACAACCUUACACUCUUGCCCCAUGAUCUGUUCACUCCUUUGCAUCAUCUGGAGAGGGUGCAUUUGCACCACAACCCUUGGAAUUGUAACUGUGACAUCCUCUGGCUGAGUUGGUGGCUCAAGGAGAUGGUACCAGCAAACACCAGCUGCUGCGCACGCUGUAGCUCACCAGCUCACCACAAAGGGCGCUACAUCGGUGAGCUUGACCAAAAUUACUUUCACUGUUAUGCUCCUGUGAUUGUGGAGCCCCCCGCUGACCUCAAUGUGACUGAGGGGAGCGCUGCCGAGUUGAAAUGUCGAGCCAACUCUUUGACUUCUGUGAGCUGGAUUACGCCCAAUGGUUCCAUUAUGACACACGGUGCGUACAAAAUCCGAAUCUCAGUGCUGAAUGAUGGCACUCUUAACUUCACCAACGUUACCAUGCAAGACACUGGCACAUAUACGUGUAUGGUUAGCAAUUCAGCCGGUAACACAACAGCGUCCGCCACACUCAAUGUGUCCUCAACUGAGAACAGCAGCUUCAGCUACUUCACCACAGUGACCGUCGAGACGAUAGAAACGCCACACCAUGAAGGCUUCACCACGAUCGUGCAACAGAAGGUCGGCCCCACCCCCUCGGCUCAUACGUGGAGAUCUGUUUCAUCCAGCUCUACAACCACCACGACAGUGCGGACCCCUGUCUCUAUUCGUGCCACAGAAAAGACUUACACAAUCUCCGUCACUGAAUUUGGUGGCGAAGGCUCCCUAAAUGGCUUGGAUGAGGUCAUGAAGACAACCAAGAUCAUUAUCGGCUGUUUUGUUGCAAUCACGCUUAUGGCAGCGGUCAUGCUGAUCAUCUUCUACAAAAUGCGGAAACAGCACCACCAGCAGAAUCACCAUGCGCCCACACGCACCAUUGAGAUCAUUAAUGUGGAUGAGGACUGCGUAACCGGAGGACCAGGGAUGGAGGGCCACCUGACUUUGCCUCCUCUUGAACAUGAGCACCUCAACCAUUAUAACACAUAUAAAACAGCAUACAACCACGCCUCCACUAUCAACUCCAUACACAGCUCAGCGCAUGAACCUUUGUUAAUCCGGGCAAACUCAAAAGACAAUGUGCAAGAGACCCAAAUCUGAACAUUCUUUUCUCCAACGAUGGAAUUUGAGCAAGACUCAAACAUGAACGAACCAUGUGUGUUUGGCAAUUCAGUGGUUGGUGAUGUUCAUUGAAGGACUUUGGUAAUUAGCGUAUGUCCAUUAUAAAAAAAAAAAAGUGUCUUUAAAAAAGUAAUUUAUUUAAGAACAAAGACUAUUGUUGUUCAAUCAAGGGAAACAAUAUUCAGCAGUUGUUUUUUUUCCAAUGAAUAAUUCACGUCAUCCCUCCUCCUUUUUAGAUUAUGCUCGGAGACAAUAGAGCCAAAACAAAUGAAACAAGAAAACUUUAUAUUUGGUAAACCAUAAACUUUGUUUUCCCAAUGAAUGCAGAGCACAUGACAUUUUUCUCCAACUGUGGAGUAAGUGGUCAAGUAUUCUAUGACCAUCUAAUCCCUGGAUGAAAUAAAUAUUGAGUUUCCUGUUGUUUCAAGGUGUUCAGCAGAAUUGUCAGUAAAGAUAGUUGUUUUCCCAGUAAAGAGAAUGACACAUAGUUGUGAUAAAUCUUGCUUUGAAUUUUUCUCCUCACUUAACUUGUUGCAUUUCCCAUCUUCCAAAAUGCCCACUCAGAUCUCAAAUGCAAGGCCAAAUGGAAGAAAACUAUCAAGGAAGUGGACUGAAACGUUUCCAACAUUUCAUGCUUUGCUCACAGUUUGCUGGCCGUAUGUUUCCAAGCUUCCUGAGCUACCCUUUUAAAGCAUGUACCCCCUUAUAUCAUCUACAGGGCUGUAGAACUGCAUGCUCUCAGGUUGACUGGUGAUCUUAAACCCUUUAUGGAGCUGUCUCAGCAGAUUACCUGUAAUCUGCGUGCCACAUUUGCACAUGGGCAGUGCCUGGCAGCUCCACAUACACACCCCACACCCCUGCCAGCGGCAGAACUCGGUCCUGUGCAGCACAUUUCUUAGCUAAAUGUGGGGAAGCAGGCAUCAGUCAGAUGUUUAUGCUACACCUGCCUUACUCCCACAGCCGCAUUUACAUUUUAAUUGACAUGCCCAUGAUCAAAACUGUGUAAAGUCACCCCAAGAGCCCAUUUUCAAAAACAAUGCCAAGCACCACAACUUGAGGGGCUAGGUGGGCAAUUGGUGAAGCCCGACACUUAGAAUGAAGUAUAUUCAACUUAGAAUUGUGAAUGGUUGCCCAACCCAAAUUGUCUGUCAACCCUCCAUCCCCACGUCCACAUUUUUGAAGAGUGAACGAUGCAGCUAGAUGAAUACCCCAUUGUUCCAUUAUCAUACUUUCAGCCCCC